GUAACCUCCCCUUUCUUUCUUAUCCUGGGUAAACGACACUCAGCUAAAGUGACUGCCCCACUGUCACUGGCUCUCAAUUUUGUACUCUGUAACUCUGUGACUAAUCAAGAAGUCUGUUUUUCUUUUGCUUUGUUUUGUUUUUUCCCCAAAGCUCUUUUUGGAAAAUCCCCCUACAGGAACUGAAUUUUAAGCCCAUUUACUUUUUAGGAAGCUACAGAAAGGCAGCAUGUCAGCUGAAACACCAAUCACACUGAAGAUUGAUCCUCGGGAUCUUCAGGUUCAAACUUUCACUGUAGAGAAGUUAUUGGAGCCUCUCAUAAUCCAGGUUACUACACUUGUAAAUUGCCCCCAGAAUCCUUCUAACAGGAAAAAGGGACGUUCAAAGAGAGCCAGAGUUCUUCUAGCUUCUGUGGAGGAAGCAACUUGGAAUUUAUUAGACAAAGGAGAGAAAAUUGCCCAGGAAGCCACAGUGUUAAAGGAAGAGCUUGCCGCUGCACUUGAGGAUGUACGCAGAGAAAGUGAAGCUCUGAAAAUAUCAGCUGAAAGAUUUGCAGACGACCCUUGUUAUCUCCCAAAAAGAGAGGCAGUGGUUCAAGCUGCCAGGGCCCUUUUGGCUGCAGUUACCAGACUCCUGAUCCUCGCAGACAUGAUUGAUGUCAUGUGUCUCUUGCAGCACGUGUCAGCUUUUCGAAGGACAUUUGAGUCUCUCAAAAAUGUUUCUAACAAAUCCGACCUCCAGAAAACCUACCAGAAGCUUGGGAAAGAACUUGAAAACCUGGAUUAUUUGGCCUUCAAACGUCAGCAGGACUUAAAAUCCCCAAAUCAGAGGGAUGAAAUCGCAGGAGCCCGGGCCUCACUGAAGGAAAACUCCCCCCUCUUGCAUUCAAUUUGUUCAGCUUGUUUGGAACAUUCUGAUGUUGCUUCUCUCAAAGCCAGCAAGAACACAGUAUGUGAAGAAAUUCAGAAUGCCCUCAAUGUAAUUUCAAAUGCUUCACAAGGCAUCCAGAAUUCACUCACCCCACCAGAACCUGAGGCGGCAACCCUUGGAAGUGCCCUUGAUGAGCUUGAGAAUUUAAUUGUCUUGGAUCCACUCACAGUUACUGAGGAGGAAAUAAGACCAUCAUUAGAGAAACGUCUUGAAGCCAUUAUCAGUGGGGCUGCUCUGUUGGCUGAUUCUUCAUGCACAAGGGAUUUCCACCGGGAGAGGAUUAUUGCAGAGUGCAAUGCUAUUCGUCAGGCUCUCCAGGACCUUCUAUCAGAGUACAUGAGCAAUACGGGGAAAAAGGAAAAGAGUAAUACCCUGAAUAUUGCAAUAGACAACAUGUGCAAGAAGACAAGAGACCUUCGCAGACAGCUCCGUAAGGCUAUUAUAGAUCAUGUGUCAGACUCCUUUCUGGAUACAACAGUCCCACUUUUGGUUCUCAUUGAAGCUGCCAAGAAUGGCCGGGAAAAGGAAAUAAAAGAAUAUGCUGCAAUAUUUCGUGAACACACCAGCAGACUUGUUGAGGUGGCGAAUCUUGCUUGUUCCAUGUCAACAAAUGAAGAUGGCAUUAAAAUUGUCAAAACUGCAGCCUGUCACCUGGAAACCUUGUGUCCACAGAUUAUAAAUGCUGCACUUGCUUUGGCUUCAAGACCCAAAAGUCAAGUGGUCAAAAAAACCAUGGAAAUGUACAAGCACACAUGGGAGAAUCAUAUCCAUGUCCUCACUGAAGCUGUAGAUGACAUUACAAGCAUUGAUGACUUCCUUGCUGUGUCUGAAAGCCAUAUCCUAGAAGAUGUCAACAAAUGUAUCAUUGCAUUGCGAGACCAGGAUGCUGAUAAUUUAGACCGUGCUGCAGGCGCUAUCCGAGGAAGGGCAGCAAGAGUCGCUCACAUUGUCACAGGUGAAAUGGACAGCUAUGAACCUGGUGCUUACACUGAAGGUGUGAUGAGAAAUGUUAACUUCCUCACAAGAACUGCAAUUCCUGAAUUUGUAACACAAGUGAAUGUUGCAUUGGAAGCUUUAAGUAAAAACUCAUUGGAAGUGUUCGAUGAUAAUCAAUUUGUGGACAUCUCAAAGAAGAUCUACGAUACAAUUCAUGAUAUCAGAUGUUCAGUCAUGAUGAUUCGGACCCCAGAGGAACUGGAGGAUGUUUCUGACCUGGAAGAAGAUCAUGAGGUCCGUAGUCACACCAGCAUUCAGACAGAAGGGAAAACUGACCGGGCUAAGAUGACUCAAUUGCCUGAAGCAGAAAAGGAAAAGAUUGCUGAGCAAGUUGCUGAUUUCAAGAAAGUAAAGAGCAAACUGGAUGCUGAAAUUGAGAUAUGGGAUGAUACAAGCAAUGAUAUCAUUGUUUUGGCAAAGAAGAUGUGUAUGAUCAUGAUGGAGAUGACAGACUUCACAAGGGGCAAAGGACCACUAAAGCAUACAACUGAUGUGAUUUAUGCUGCUAAAAUGAUAUCAGAAUCAGGAUCAAGGAUGGAUGUCCUCGCUCGGCAGAUUGCAAACCAGUGUCCAGAUCCGUCAUGCAAGCAGGAUUUAUUGGCCUACCUGGAACAGAUUAAGUUCUACUCUCACCAGCUGAAAAUCUGCAGUCAAGUUAAAGCUGAGAUCCAGAACCUGGGAGGAGAGCUCAUCAUGUCAGCUUUGGACAGUGUCACCUCCCUGAUCCAAGCAGCCAAAAAUUUAAUGAAUGCCGUAGUGCAAACAGUGAAAAUGUCUUAUAUUGCCUCAACCAAGAUCAUCCGAAUUCAGAGUCCUGCUGGGCCCCGGCAUCCAGUUGUGAUGUGGCGAAUGAAGGCUCCUGCAAAAAAACCCUUGAUUAAAAGAGAGAAGCCAGAAGAAAAGUGUGCAGCCGUCAGACGAGGCUCAGCAAAGAAAAAAAUCCAUCCAGUACAAGUCAUGAGUGAAUUUAGAGGAAGACAUGUCUACUGAAACCGCUGUUCUAUUCUAGUGCCUGUAUUACAAAGUCCGGGCUAAACACACUGCUUUAUUUUUACACUUAAUUAGUUCUUUAAGUUCACUAACUUUUGGAGUUUACCUCACAAUUAACAUGAAAUCAGAAGCUGUAUCAAACAUGAACAAUAUGUAUUUGGGAUCAUGCCAUUGUAUUAGGUGCUGGCCAUACAGCACCUAAUGACCAGCACCUAAUAAAUAAUCAAUAGGUGCUUGUGGAAUGAAUGAAUGUUUCAGGUGUCAUUCAGUCAUUCCCAACACAAUAUUUUACAUACAUUACUGAAAUAAGCAUAGGGAAAUGAAGUGAAUCAGGGUCAUCUGCUAUAGUUUAACACUCUUUUUCAUCUUCAAUUAAAACAUGGACAUGAGUUAUCCCAUUCUCAGGUAGAAGUGUGAGUUUAUAUUUUAGCUGGGAAAAUAUACAAAAAAAAAAAAAAAAAACCUACUAGAUGUGUAACUAUUUCGAAAGCCACAUGCUCAAUAAUCAUAAUAGUCUCAUUUAGAAAAUCUAAGUCCAUUUGAUCCUAUAUAAGCUCUCCCUAGGUUGGAAUUUAAAAUACAGCAUUAAAUGUCAAAAGAGUAGGCAUAACUUAAAAUUAUGCAAUUACCAAAUAAUCCCUAUGUUAAAUUAAAAAAAUACCCUUACCCAAAAUGAGAUGUGAACAAACCCUUUUCUUCAAAGUAGGUACAUUUCCAGUUUGGCACAAAAAAAAAACAACUGCAAAUGAAGUCUAAAAAAAAUAUAACUUGGAGAAUAUCCCAGGAGUAAAGUCUGCUUAGUAAUCAAAGGUACAAUAAAAAAAAACAUGUAUGUUUACAGCCGAGAAAGACAUCUGUCCACCUAUGUGAAUCCCUGCAGUGAACAGAAUUUCAAGAUUUACUUAAAAUCAAAGUGCUAAUAAUGUAAGUUCUUUUACACAACAAAAGUUAACAGCAAGGAUUAACUUAAUUAAAAUUGAAUUGUGGUAUUUAUCAAACAUCCUUGCAGCUUAAGAUGACAUUUUUAAAAUAAAUUUCUCUACUAAAGAUAACUUGUGUCCUAACAUUCAAUGGGAGAAUGAGCAGAAACUGUAGAGCCUUAUCUGGAAUUGACAUUCUCUAUUGUAAUUCUGUUCAUUUAUUUUUACAUUUUGUAUUUCACUGAGAGGAUAGAUGAUGCUCACUCUUAAACAUUAGAAGUAUGAGUUGCUUUGCUACAUAAAACUAAUGAUGUACACACACCCACAAAAAAAUGAGUGGCAAAGUCUAAAAAUUUUCACACUAAAAUUAUAUUAAAUGAACUUAAUCUGUUUGUAUGAAUGUAGUAGAUACAUUUAAAACCUUAAGUGGGGGAAUGGCAAAAAUUUAUUAAUGAAAGUGAUAGCUUGGUGGUUUAUCUAUAUACCUUUGUACUCACAUCCCUGAUAUGAUGUGUGCUUCCUCUGAUAAUACAUUUGUUUGAUCCUGCUAAUCAAGACUCCCCUUUCUCUUAAUGAAAUCAAUUUAUGUUCAUUUACAUUAAAAACAAAAACAACCUUUGUGAAGGAGAGGGUUGAUAGCAUCUACAAGGACAGUCCUGGAUAGCCUCUAGUGUCACUUUCAAACAUGAGAUUAGAAUCAGAAUAACUUAGAAAAUAUCUAGGACACGAUCUUCAAAUUAGACAUAUUGCAAGGUUUUUCAUUAAACAAGGAAAGUGAAAAAUCAUCGCUCCUUUUUAUUUAUCACAACUAUUGAGUUAGAAUAUUUGCUUCUAUUUACUAGAGUUUGUGGAUACAACCCGAGUGAGGAAAUAAACCUCAAACACACUUUUCAAGAUAAUUUGUUAAUGAUUCCCUGUUUGUCAUAUGACACAAGUGCAAACUAUGCAUGUCUUUACAAAUAUAUUAUUCAUUAAUUUUCUUCCUUAUCUUUGCAAAUCCUUUCCUUUUAAGUAUUAGCAUAGCAUAUAUGUUCCCCAUAAAGUCCCUCCUUGUAAGGGAUAAGCGCCUCCAUAGCUUGCAUACUGUAUAGCUUCAGAGGAGGUCACCUUUCUAGUCACAGUACAAAAGAGUUAAAAUUAUGAGUACACUAAACCCCAAUAAUUAGUGCUCCUCCUAUUCAAUAAUGCGUGACUAAAAAACACUAAUGUCCAACCACAGAGAAAGUAUUCUCAGUAGCUUCCUGUAUCUUCACUUUCAGGGUGAUCUUUUCAUCUUGUAUCCCUGAGCUGGGCUAUCUCACUCCUAUGAACAUUUGAGGGAUUCUACGAUAAUGAUGCUAUCAGAUCCACUCACCCAGUCACUUAGCCCCAGUCAAUGUCCUUCCCUCUCAUGCUGUGCAAUAAAAAUAUGUCUCAUCUCUCAUCUCUUAUACAUCUAUCAUACAUUUAAACCAAUAUAUUCUGCAGUGUUUUACUUCCAAUUAUAAAUAAAUUUGAAUUCCCGGCAGCAUUAUUUCCCUUUUUUUUUUUCUAUUCCAUUAGGCAUUCUUUGCUGUCACAUACACAAAUGCAUGCUAGGGAUUAUGGUUCCCAUGGAUGCAGAUUUCUAUAUAGUGGCAAAAUGAAUAGAAUGACAUCUGAGACUUUUCCUGGUGAUAUUUACCAUUCUCUGGUGAACUCAUUGCAGAAUUGCCAACCUAUUUUCAGAAUGCUGUAAGUAAUUCUCUAGGUCAGCACAGCAGACACCAGAAUAUCAAGUUGAAUGAAAUAUGUAACUUUUAUCGGCCUGUCUGUUGCAAAGAAAUUCUGCCUAUUGCAUGUUUAGGAAUCAAAAAGCCAUUUUUCUAUUUGGGAAGUUAGAAAUAGUUCUGUUUGACCUAUCAGGUCAGAAAAUGUAAGGUCAUCCAGUUUAAAACUAGUGUCCUGUAUAUUAUUUCAAUAAUUAUUUUAAGUAAACUAGGACCGUGAUUGCAACAUGAGGAAUUUAUAUUUCUGUAUCACUUUCCUUAAUAUUUUGCAUACUACAAAACAUUUAUUCAAGUGAAAAUGCCAUAGCAAUCCUUUCAUAAUUCUCUUCCUAUACCACAAUAAUACCAUUAGUAUUUCACACGUUACUAUCAAAUAAAGAAGCCAAGCCUAAUGACAAAAUUGUCCAGACACAAAGUAGUUAAGUUUUCAUCCACAAUCUUUUGGAUUGAUUAGGAAAUAAAAUGCUAGUGUUACUAAGCAACUUCAUAAUCAAGGCUGCACCACUAUCCCAGAUCACCAAAAGACUAAAAUACAGUUUUUAAAUACUAAAUACAGUUUUAAAAUACUAAAUACAGUU